AUGGAAGCUAUUGUGGCAGAUCUGUUGAUGGAAUAUCUGGAGAAGCAUGAGCUUUUGUCUCCAACUCAGCACGGAUCUCGGCACAAGCGUUCGUCCAACACAAAUCUACUUCUUGCACGGAACGAGUGGACAAAAUCCGUCGAUACAGUCCAGCCAUUGGAUAUAGUUUAUUUGGACUUCUCCAAGGCAUUUGAUCGAGUAGUCGGACAGUUUCCGGCCGUAUGUGCAAAGAACCUGACCACAAGUUUACCGGCUGUGUGCUGCCCGAUUCCGGUAGGUUCCACAGAACCAUGCGGAGGUCCGGGGCGUGGAUUGUGCAGAGAGGCCCUACCAAUAUCGGAAGAUCUAGAUUUGUUUCCCGUAGAGGAACCAUUUCUAUUGGAUGAUCGUCUGGCUUGGCCCACACGAUUUUUGAGAGCUGUCUGCGCGUGUCAGGUGGGUGCAGAAUACCUUUCAGAUGUAACUCUCGUGGAUAUACAACCGGUACUCAUUGUGAAUGUGUGA